UCCGAGAGAAGACGUAACCGAACGACGGACGGAGCCGUCUUUUUCAAAUCGCCACCUCCUCCUCCCUCCCGCCCCGAACGAACGAACCCUUUCACAGCCUCCCGAGGGGAAUUAGAGGAGGGGGUAUUAAUAAUAAAUAAGAGGAAAUUUAAGCUCAGAGAGCCAGACGAUGAGGGCCAGACCGACGCUGGAGUGAUGUUGACCUCUGAUUGACCUCCCUGGGUCAUGGAAAACAGCACGGCAUGUGACCAAGCGUUGAAUUUCACCCUAUGCUGGAGCGAUGACGCGGGCGGCGUCGUCGGCUUGAGCACCCAGGUGACCGAGGGCGGCUCGGGCAAGGGCGCGGGCGGUCCUGCAGGAGGAGGCGACGAAGAAGGCGUUGAAGAAGGCGUCGUAGGAGUGGUGGUAGUAGGAGGAGGAGGGAGAGGGCGAGUAGGAGGAGCAGGAGUAGGAGGAGCGGGAGGAGUAGGAGGAGGAAGUGGAGGCGUCCUGCUGGGGAUCUCCUCGACGGACGAGAGCUGGCAGAGCAUCCGGGAGGAGCUGCAAUGGGCCUUUCCCGUCCACAUCUACGGGUUCUCCUGCCUCUUCUUCAUGUUGGCCUUCUACACCUUCUUCUCCAUCCUUAAUCUAAGGUCUCAAAUUUCCAGCCGUCCGUUCAUGUCAACCAUCAAUGUCUUCCUGUGUGUUCUAGGAGUGACCCGGGCUGCCUGCUUUCUCAUUGAACCCUACACUUCUGGGCAGGUGAUGCCAGGAUUCCUGGGCUCGUUCAUGUGGGACGUCGGAUUCCCCUGCAUCCUCUCUGCCUUCAGUCUCAUCCAGCUGGCCUUCUCUCAGCUCACUCAGGUUAAGUUUCGUCCGGAAUGGCUACGCAGGAAAUCGGCACUCAGCCUCCUGAUCACGUCCCAUUUCGCCCUCGUCUUCGGAUCCGACAUAGCCACCGCCUUCGAGAACCACCUGCAGGUGGUGAGAUGGAUCGUGCAGAGCGUCUUCUUGAGCUGGGGACUCGUUCUCUGCAUCACCUUCCUGUACGGUGGCGCCCACAUCAUCAAGCUGCUAAGGACCAUCCCACAAAAUGCCUUUCAAGAGGGAAUGCAGAGUUGCUCCUCCGAGAAUAACAAAGGCAUCCUACAGCUGGCCCUCUUGGCCCAGUGCAACAACAUAGCCUCCUCUGUCCUCACAGCCGCUGCGGCCACGAGUCAGUCCGCCACAGCGGCCACUUCCCCGGCUCACGCGACGACAGUUUCCUCCACACCUUCGCCACAGCCAAUGACACCAAAGAUUCGAAUCACCGACGAGUUUGACCAGACGUUCUCCUACGGGUCUGACAUAGCCGCUGCGGGGUGUUCCUCCUCCUCCUCCUCCUCCCGCCCCUCCUCCUCUGCGAAUUCCUCCUCCGCUGCUGCUACGGCUGCUGCUCUACUGCUGCAGUCUGCUGCCGCUGCGGAAUCAGGUGGGAGGAGCUUUGACGUUUCCCCUGGAAACAUCACAGAGGAAGAAGACGAAGAUGUUGCUGUCGAAUUGGGCAAAACCUCUGCAGGAGGAGCCAAGGGCAAGGGCUCCAAAGCAGACCACUCUGGCAAUAACCACAAGCAACACCACAAUGGUCACCACCACCACCACCACCACAACCAGCAACACCAGCCCUCGACUUCCUCCUCGACCAUCGUAUGGAAAAGUGAGACUAAGAAAACCUCCUCCUCCUCCUCCUCCUCCUCUCCCAUCGGUGGCGAGGGGUCGAAAAACACGGAGGCGAAGGAUUACAAAAGUGCGCGAAAGGGCUCCCACGCGAAUUUCCAGGGGAAGAAGUCGGAGAACACGAAGUUGGGCGACAUUAUCAUAAAAGUCGAGGAGGUGGACGGCGGCGAUAACGACCACUCGCACGACGAGGAGACCAAACUCAUGAUAGACGAUGACGAUGAGGACGAUCACAAAGACCAGAGUCAUAGUGGCGGGAAAGAGAGUGGCGGUGACGCGAAGGGGACGGAGCCCAAGAGAAAAGAGCGAGUGAAGGAAAUCAGUAAGUUCAAAAAGUACGACAGCCUUCGGGUAAAGAAGGGCAUGUGCAACAUUCAGUCGGUGAAGUCGUUGGACUCCCUCCUCCUGGCGGACAACAGCGGAGGGAAAUCGGGCUACGGCAACAGUGGGGACACUGUGCGGAGGGGCAGUUACACGGAGGGCGUGACCAACUGCACCAAAGCCCCGAUCAGCAAGAGAAAGGAGAGCCUGCCCAAUGGCGACUUCGCCAAGACCCACCUCAAACCCGACGGGGAGGGGAAGGUCGUCCCCAAGCGAAAGAAAAGCCUGACGUGGUCGGAGGACACGCAGACGAUCGAGUGCCCUCCCAAGGAGGCGAAGACGCCCUCCCGGAAAAACAGCAGCACUCACGAGGACUGUGAUAAAAUCCCGAGAGACAAUCACAGAAAGUCUAGCGUCUCGUCGAGACGGAACAGCCGCACCUAUGGUAGCGAGAAGUGUAGAGUUAGGAACAAUCGAGCGAACGAGUUCAGUGACCUCAUCGUCAUGGGAGGAGGGGUAGGAGGAGGGCCCGGGGGGAGGCGGCGGAGCAGCACCGUCUCCUCCUGCUCCAUGAGGAAGGGGAGUGAGCAGUGGCAGACGACCCUGGCCUUCCCCCACCACCAGAAGGAGCACCGGAGCCUCAGUGUCUCCUCCGCCGUCGGUCCUGGGGCCAGUGGCUCCCGCCGGAGUAGCAGGAAGAGCCUCAGGGACGACGCUGAGGUGGAAGCUCUCCUAGACCGAUCUCCCGGGGGGCAGGACUUAACGUUAGCGUCGAUUUUAAAUCACAUAGCGUACGUCAAUCAGGCUGCGUCAGCUUCCAAACUGCCAAGACCCAUCAAGGACUCCAGAAAAGCGCAGGUUCAGCAGGUGCUGAUCGUGACCUACGUCACAGCUGUCCUUGGCACUGUACUUUCCUUGGCUCUCGUCUACCGCGUCUACGGCUACUUCAGCUCAGGCGUCGGGUCAGCCACGGCGGCAGCUGCUGCAGCUGCAGUGUUGCCAAAUCCCCCUUGGCUCUGGUUCACCUACGAGUCGGGCUGCCGGUUCCUCGAGUUUUUGAUGGGGUGCGCCAUGGCCAACAUCACCAGGCAGCCGCUCAACAGCACCGUCACCAGAAGACAUUCGCAGUAUCAUCCCAAUUCGCUUAGGCUCAAGCAGAGGAGUUCGCUCUACAACAUCUGAAAGGGCUUUAUCUGGCGUCCCGCAGGGCGGCAGCUUAGGGUUUCUGAUUUUUAUUUUAGAAAAAUAAAAAUGCCAGAUUUUAAUAUCAAUUUUUCCUGAAGCAUUUUUUCUUAAUUUUGCAGUGAAAGUUGGGUAUUGGUAAGCGCCCCUUUGUCAGUAUACAUUAUGAACUGUUACUGUAUGGUACUAUGACCAUAGCAUUGUGGUCUGUCUGAUCAUUAGCGAUAGAUAAUUGCGUACAGUGAAUGAUGUUUUGAUUAUUUUUCUUAUUCAAAAGCCUUUUGGUAUCCUGAUAGAUCAUUAACAGCAUCAACAGACCAGCCAAUACCUCUGUCAGCAGCUUUUUAGCAGUUGUUAAUGGAAUCUUCCACAGUUGGAGGUGCCCUAUCUCACAUUCCAGAAUGAACAAACGAGUUCUCCUAUGAACUGUGGAGUGAUCCAUGAGUCAGUGAAGCUAAAAUUUCCCAUAUGUAAGGUCAAAUGAGUGUCAUUAUAAAUGAAUAGUUACUACGAGGGUCCAGUUCCAUCUACUGGAACAUUAUAUCAUUUUGUUUUUCAAACGAAGUUUAUUUUGAGUCUAAACUUGAGUUUUUAAAUAGAAGCAGACAUCUUGUUGGUGAGUAUUUCAGUGUGAACCAGCUGUCUUUAGACUUAUUGUUAAGUUUUUUGGGAUAAAAUUAGUAGACUGCCUCAGUUUUUCACCAGGAUUUGCUAGUAAUACUGUAAUUAAUCCUUUUCAUGCUUUGCAAAAUUACUUUUAGUCACCAUUGGGCAAUAUACAUGAUAUUCAGUAGAAUAUCAGCAAUUAGAACGAGAGGUUUAUAAAACAUAUCAUGAUUGGGUGCAGGUUUUGCUGUUAGUUUUAAAAGACAUUUUUUAUUUGUAUUACAUCUAAAGGAAAAGUUUUGACUUGUUACAUUAAUCCAACCAUUGUAAUUUAACUAUUGUCUGAAAUAUCUCCCUGAAAUUCAAAGAAACGAAUUAUUUACAGAUAUGAAGAUACUGGUAAAAACCAUCAAGAAUAAGUGUAAAAGGAAACAUAUUAAGAGAAAAUUAGACAAUAAUGCAUUUAUGAGAUAUCCCAGUUUAUUAAAAGUGUCUUGGAUUGUAAGCCACAGAUUAAAAGUGGUCCAUGGUAAGUCAGUCAUGACGUAUUAGAAACAAAAGCACUGUGACUGUAUAUGUAUGAUAUGUUCUAGGCCUCUCCCGAUGAGAAAUUAAAAAACCAAAGCAAAUAAAAUAUUCUAAAUAUGUCUCCUUCAGCAUGUUGGAGUAUGCUGAGUAAACAAAACUAGCCACACAAAAAUCAUAGUUGUUCCGACACGGCAUACAAACCUUCGGUCCUUUUACAAUAGGAAGGUACUAGCGGCAGCUGGAUAGGUCGUAAGCUUUCGAACAAGGGGUUCGGUAGUUAACUGCUUGUCCGACAGGCGCGCGCGCGCGACUGGGAGGUAAACAAACCACUUUUGCUUUCGGCCUCACAGCGAGUAGACGUGUGUGUUCGACGCUCUCUGCCCGCUUCUCGUCGUUUGCUUUCCUUGAGUAUAUGGUUGUGUUUGUGUAUGAAAGAAUCAUUGUAAGUACAAUCAUUUCUCUUUAUUCAUUUAAUUGUGAUUUAUUGGUCAAUCAUGGAAUCUCCUCGCCUCGCUACCCCACGGAGACUAUGCCCGGGUACCGAAGGGCGUAAAUGCGGAAAGUUCCGCUCAUUCCCGGAAAUUGACCCACAUAUUUUGUGCGCUCGGUGUCGGGGGCGCGAAGGCACCCGAGCCGAGCCCUGUGAAGUGUGUAAU